UUGGAAUGUCAAGUAGAAGUUGAUGGAAAUAAUAUAUCAACAAUUAUUGAUAGUGGAGCAGCUGCAAGUAUUGUCACUAGAGAUACAAUUGAACAAUUAGGGUAUGAACCAGAGGAAGUAUCAAAUUGUGAAAUAAUAACUGCAACUGGUGAAAAAAGUUUAUCAUUAGGAAAAAUUAGAGAUUUUUCUAUUACCAUUAAUGGAAAACAAAUACCUAUAGAUGUAGAAGUUAUGGAAGCAGAUUUUUACUACUUAUUAUUAAGAAAUAAUUGGAUGACAAAAGCAGGAACAAAAAAUGGAAAAACUACAGUAAAUAUAUCUUGCACUAAACAAAAACAAAUAAAUGAAGAGGGAGAGGCUGAUGGUGAGGAAACAGAUGAUGAAUCUGAAAUUUAUGAAGAGGAGGAGUGA